CCGCGCUGGCUGCUGUGGUCAGCUGGAGCAGCCCAAGCGGCGACCCACGGGCAGGAAGGAUGCAAGCUGAAAGCCAGCGUACGUGCUCCACGUGACCGUGUCGUAUAAGACCGAGCUGACGGGUUCUUUCUGUUCCAGCUGCUCCUCUCGGGUGCCCCCUCGCCACAGCGCCUGGGCUCGCUGCACUCCGCAGCUACAGUCAGUGCCUCCACAGCUGCUUCGGCCCGCCCGCAUCAUGACAGAUCAGUCUUUUGUGACCUUGUCAACAAAUGAUUCCUACGCCAAAGGAGCCCUGGUGCUCGGCUCCUCCCUGAAAAAACACAGAACGACAAAAACGUUAACUGUGCUGAUAACCCCACAAGUCUCUGAGUCAAUGAGGAAAGUUUUAAAGGAGAUUUUUGAUGAAGUCAUCAUGGUCGACAUCUUGGACAGCAGGGAUUCAGCUCAUCUAACCUUAAUGCAAAGACCUGAACUGGGGGUCACGUUAACCAAACUGCACUGCUGGUCACUAACUCAGUAUUCAAAGUGUGUGUUCAUGGAUGCAGAUACUAUGGUACUGACAAAUAUUGAUGAGCUUUUUGAGAGAGAGGAGCUAUCAGCAGCACCAGACCCAGGGUGGCCUGACUGUUUCAAUUCUGGAGUCUUCGUUUACCAACCUUCCAUUGAAACGUAUAAUCAGCUGUUGCAUUUGGCUUCUGAACAAGGCAGCUUUGAUGGUGGGGACCAGGGUUUGCUGAAUACCUACUUUAGCAAUUGGGCAACAACCGAUAUCAAAAAGCACCUGCCAUUUAUUUAUAACCUAAGCAGCACUUCUACAUACUCCUACCUCCCAGCAUUUAAAAUGUUUGGGGUAAAUACAAAAGUUGUACAUUUCCUGGGACGAAUCAAACCAUGGAACUAUACCUACAACCCCAAGACGAAAAGUGUCAGCAGCGACAUUCAUGACCCCACUAUGAUCAACACAGAAUUCCUCAACUUGUGGUGGGAAAUCUUCACCGUCAACAUUCUGCCUUUACUCCUGCAGUUUGGAAUUGUUAAAGACACCUCCACAGCGCUUAACAAGCUUUCGGGUUUGACCUAUACUCUGGCUUUCUCUUGUGGCUUCUGUAGAAAGGAGGAAGUCACAGAUGCAAUCUCACGUAUGUCCAUUGGGCACCUCAAUCCUCCUUCCCAACCAUUUGAAUCCUCAAAUAAACGCAAGGAGCGGUGGGAGCAAGGCCAGGCUGAUUACAUGGGAGAAGAUUCCUUUGACAAUAUCCAGAGGAAACUGGACACUUACCUCCAGUAGAAAGCACCUCCAUUUGCUCUGAGCAAACAUUGGCCACACAGGACUGGUUCCAGAUAAUUUAGCGUCUAGAAGAGUGUAUAUGAGUAUGGUUGUUACAGUUGCUAGCAGCUUUGACGAAAGCUCCACAUUUGAAGGUUAAUAGUAGUACUAAAGGUGAAAACUGGACAAAAGUCAAGAAGUAAAAAGGUUCACUUUCUGCUCAAUUCAUUGCUGAGUGACUCCUUGCUCAGUCAUUCAGAGAAAAUUUAAGAAAUUUUCUAUUGCAUGCCAAUUACCAAUUAAUCUGAUGAGAGAGAAUGAAGCUAUUAAGCUAUCUGGCUCAGCUCUGGAAACCUGAAGAAGCUGGGCUCCAGUAGUUCUCCUUUAUCUUCAUGAAGACAAGAGGGGAUGGCUCUACUAUUUGCCUUGCUGUCUUCCCUGUGGUAGAUAGAUUUCAGGAUAGAUCAGAGACUGUCUUAGUGGUCUCAAUUCUUUUUAUGGAAAAGCAAUGUAACACUGUCAAAUUGAGUCACACAUUUCAUAACUGCUAGCCACAAAUGGUGACACCUUUUUUAUCUCUUUAAGAAACUGAAGAUUUUUUUUUCACCAGUUUUCUUUGUACAGUAAGGUAGCAGGCUGGAAGGCAGUUCUAUAUGUUUUGGGGAUGAGAUUGAGUUUUCUGAAUGCUUACCUCCAGUGUCACUAUGUACAAAAAAAUAAACACUUAACAGUGAAUUAA